AUGAAAACCCCAUUCUUCCCCAAGCGCUAUGUGAUCGUGAUCUUGACAUUCAUCUGUACAUGUGUGUGCUACAUAGAACGGGUCGGCUUCUCCAUAGCAUACACCGCCGCUGCUGAUGCCGCCGGUGUAAAUCAGUCGAGCAAGGGCAUAAUACUCUCAAUGUUCUACUACGGGUAUGCGUGCUCCCAGGUGCCAGGUGGCUGGGCAGCCCAGAAGAUCGGUGGCAGACGUGUCCUCCUUAUCUCCUUCGUUCUCUGGUCCCUCACCUGUGCCUUCAUUCCUCUAGAUCCGAAUAGAGUCCCGCUUCUGGUCUUGGCCCGACUGCUCGUGGGUAUAGCUCAAGGAUUCAUCUUUCCCUCCAUCCAUACCGUGCUGGCCCAGUGGGUCCCACCGCACGAGAGGUCUCGAUCGGUCUCCCUCACGACCUCGGGCAUGUAUUUUGGGGCUGCCAUGGGAACCCUUGUCCUCCCGACCCUCGUACGGAUGCGGGGCCCACAGUCAGUGUUUGUGGUUGAGGCUGCACUGGGCGCCAUGUGGUCUCUGCUUUGGCUCCGGUACGCGAGCGACCCGCCCCGUUCGGACCACCCGAAGGCCAUGGCUGCCGGAUUUGGCGAGUCCCUGCUCCCGAUGAAAGACGAUAGUCUAAAGACGAAGGCAGAAAACGGGCCCAAGAUUCCGUGGAAGAGGAUUUUUCUGAGUUUGCCGAUUUGGGCCAUAGUGGUGAACAAUUUCACUUUCCACUACGGUCUUUACGUUCUCAUGAACUGGCUCCCGACCUACUUCGAGCUGGGACUGCAGCACAGCCUUCAGGAGAUGGGCUCGUCCAAAAUGGUGCCGUACCUCAACAUGUUUGUGUUCUCCAACAUAGGUGGCGUGCUUGCGGACCACUUGAUCACGAGGAGGAUUUUGUCCGUGACUAAGACGAGAAAGCUUUUGAAUACGGUGGGGUUUGUGGUGGCCUCUUUUGCAUUGAUGGGGCUUCCUCUGUUCAGGACGCCCGAUGGGGCCGUGUUUUGUUCUUCGGUGGCUCUCGGUUUCUUGGCGCUCGGGCGGGCUGGAUUUGCAGUGAAUCAUAUGGAUGUUGCCCCCAGAUAUGCGGGUAUUGUUAUGGGGGUUUCUAAUACGGCGGGUACUUUGGCUGGGAUAGUUGGGGUUGAUCUUACGGGUCGGCUUCUUGAAGCGGCUAAGGAGGCCGAGUUGGAUCUCACGAGCCCGGAUAGCUGGAGAGCGGUUUUUUGUAUCCCGGGCUUGCUCUGUAUUUUUAGCUCGUUUGUGUUUCUUGUGAUGUCCACUGGGGAGAGGAUUUUUGACUGA